CCCCGCCUGGCGCCGUGCAGGCCGCGCAGCCGAGCGCCGAUCGCGAUGAGCCUGGCGGAGGGCCGCGCCCCGCGGCGCACGGCCGGUAACCGGUUAUCGGGGCUGCUGGAGGCCGAGGAGGAGGAUGAGUUCUACCAGACCACGUACGGCGGCUUCACGGAGGAGUCCGGGGACGACGAGUACCGGGGGGAUCAGUCCGACAGCGAUGAUGAGGUGGACUCGGACUUCGACAUCGACGAGGGCGAGGAGCCGGCGAGCGACCAGGAUGAGAGCGAGCCCAAGCGGCGCCGCCGCGUUGUCACCAAGGCUUACCGGGAGCCCCUCAAGAGCCUGCGCCCCAAGAAGCUCGAUGUCCCCAGCGGCAGCUCCCAGAAGCCACGAGAGGUGAAGUCUGUGCCCCUGGAGCUGCAGGAGGAGCUGGGGGACAGCCGGAAGCACAUGCGGCAGUCGACGACGGAGCACACGCGCCAGACGUUCCUGCGCAUCCAGGAGCGCCAGGUCCAGUCCAAGCGCAAGAAGGGAGGCCCCAACUACGAGCGGCCCCUGACGCAGGAGGAGCUGCUGGAGGAGGCCAAGAUCACGGAGGAGAUCAACCUGCGCUCCCUGGAGAACUACGAGCGCCUGGAGGCUGACAAGAAGAAGCAGGUGCAUAAGAAGCGCAAGUUAGUGGGGCCUGUUAUCCGGUACUGGUCUGUCACCAUGCCCCUGCUCCCGGAGCCGGGCAAGGAGGAGAACGUGGAUGUGGAGGGGUUGGACCAGGACCCCCAGCAGACGGACGCGGCUCCAGCGCCGGCUCCCGCUUCAGCUGGGAAGUGCUCCCGCACCUUCAUCUCCUUCAGCGACGACGAAACCUUCGAGCGCUUCUUCCCCAAGGCGAAGCCUCCGCGGCUGCCGGUGCGGGAGAUCUGCCCCGUGACCCACAAACCGGCCGUGUACCGGGACCCCAUCACCGACAUCCCCUACUCCAACAUCCGCGCCUUCAAGAUCAUCCGCGAGGCCUACAAGAAGUACAUCACAGCACACGGGCUGCCCAGCGCCGCCGCCUCCGCCGCCCUGGGCACUGCUGCUGCCCCCGACCCCGGCCCCCGGCCCACCCGGCAGAAGAUCGUCAUCAAGCAGAGCGUCCCCAUGACCUGAGUGCUCCAUGGGCUGCACCUUGAGGCCUCUCCUCGUCCUCACCUCCGUGGGCAAUGGUUCCUUGCUCUAUUUAUCUCCUUCCGCCCUUUUUUGAUAUGGAAAAGGAAUAAAUCCAAGUAACCCACAUCCAA